AUGAGGCUCAGCAGUUCCAGGGUCAGUGGAGUCCGUCUGGAGGCUGUCCUGUUCUUAUCCCUCCUGCAGGUCUGUGGGUCCCCCUGCGUUUUGCUGCUGGAGCCGUUCUAUGGCGGCUCUCACAAACAGCUGAUUGACCUGCUGAAGGAAAACAUCCCCAGCUGCUCUGUUUUCACUCUGCCGGCUAAAAAAUGGCACUGGAGAGCGAGAACCUCAGCGCUGUUCUUCAGCCAGACUGUUCCCACCUGUUCAUCGUACAGGGUUCUGUUCAGCAGCUCAGUUCUGAAUUUGUGUGAGCUGGUGUCUCUCAGACCAGAUCUGGCUCGUUUGAAGAAGGUUCUGUACUUCCAUGAGAAUCAACUGGUGUAUCCAGUCCGCAAGAGUCAGGACAGAGACUUCCAGUAUGGCUACAAUGAGGUGCUUUCAUGUCUGCUACCAGAACACAAAAGAACCAGACAUCCUUGUUCUGAAAAGAGGUCUGAGGAUGAUGAUAUCAUCAGGAAACGGGGGAGACAGUCUCAAGAUGAUGACGUCAUCCGGCAGUCCAGUCUGCUUCGGCCCCCCUGUGGGUCCAAAACCAUUGGGACUCCUGUCAGGGAGGUGGCGUCGGCAGCCCAGGUGAAGCCUCUUCACAUUGUUUGGCCUCACAGAUGGGAACACGAUAAGAACCCCGAGUUGUUCUUCAACACUCUGCUCAGACUGAAGGAGAAGCUGUUGGACUUUCAUGUGUCGGUGCUUGGUGAGACGUUCACUGAUGUGCCAGAGAUCUUCUCCUUGGCUCGUGUCUCUCUGGACUCCAACAUCCUGAACUGGGGCUUCCUGCCCAGUAAGGACCAUUACCUGCAGGUUCUGUGUGACGCUGACGUUGUCGUCUCCACUGCUAAACAUGAGUUCUUUGGAGUUGCCAUGCUAGAAGCUGUCCACUGUGGCUGUUUCCCUCUGUGUCCGAAGGCCCUGGUGUAUCCAGAAAUAUUCCCAGAGCAGUAUCUGUACUCCACACCUGAGCAGCUAUGUAAGCGUUUGCAAGAACUCUGCCGGAGGCCAGACCUUGCUCGUGAACAUAUCACCAUGGUGGACACCUCCUUGUACUCCUGGACCUCCCUGAAGACACAGUUUCAGUCUUUGCUGACAUCUGACGGUCCCUGAAUGCAUCACAGAUCUAGUUUCUGCAUCUCUGGUAGUUAGGGUCAGAGCUGGGUCAGGUCUGUUCCUCUGCAGAACUGAGCAGCUCGGUUCUGGUCGUGUGUAGGAAGCGGAGAUGUGCUUUCUACUGGACAUGAUAAUGUUUUUAAUAAAAGCUACUGAAGGAUUCA